AAGGAAGGCCUGCUUGUUUAUGGGAGCGUCCGGUGGGCGGGGUCAGGAGAUUCUUCUCAGGCGUGAAGCAGGACCACACGCACGCCGCCCUGUUUCUUGUGGCACCAGCGAGGCCCCUCGAAGAAUCUAGGAAGAAAACUGGACUUCUCUGGUUACGGCCUGUCUGUGACACUCGGCUUCUAAUCUUUUUCUUCACACCGAGGACUGUUGUAAGGUUUCCGAUGUCUGGCAGGUUGGCAGACAGAGGUAAAGGCGAAGCAGCAGAAGCCGGUCAGAGGGAAAAUCCAGAAAGAACCUUUGACUUGGUAUUGAACGUGAAAUGUCAUGCUUCUGAAAACGAAGAUCCGGUGGUUUUGUGGAAGUUCCCAGAGGACUUUGGAGACCAGGAAGUGCUCCAGACUGUGCCGAAGUUCUGCUUCCCCUUCGACGUCGAAAGAGUGUCUCAAAAUCAAGUUGGACAGCACUUUGCCUUUGUGCUGACAGACAUUGAAAGUAAGCAGAGAUUUGGGUUCUGCAGGCUCACAUCUGGAGGCAGAAUAUGCUUGUGCAUCCUUAGUUACCUGCCAUGGUUCGAAGUAUAUUACAAGCUUCUCAAUACCCUGGCAGAUUACUUGGCUAAGGAACAGGAAAGUGAUUUGAAUGUAGCUCUCCAAGCACUCUAUAACCAGCCAGUACCGAAGGCAAACAGCCCUGUCAGCUUGAGCGUGAACCAAGAGAUAUUUAUUGCCAGUGAGCAAGUUCUGAAAGAUCAGCCCUUCUUAGCACGGCAUCCCUGCUUCGUCGCCCCCGACGUCACUGGACUCCCCACCAUUCCUGAGAGCAGAAACCUCACGGAGUACUUCGUGGCCGUGGACGUGAACAACAUGCUGCAGCUGUACGCCAGCAUGCUCCACGAGCGGCGCGUCAUCGUCACCUCCAGCAAAUUAAGCACUUUAACUGCCUGUCUGCAUGGAUCGGCCGCUCUGCUCUUCCCCAUGUUCUGGCAACACAUCUACAUCCCUGUUCUGCCGCCGCACCUGCUGGACUACUGCUGUGCUCCGAUGCCCUACCUGAUUGGGAUACAUUCCAGCCUCAUGGAGAGAGUGAAAAAUAAGUCAUUGGAGGAUGUGGUUAUGUUAAAUGUUGACACAAACACUUUAGAAUCACCAUUUAAUGACUUGAACGACCUACCGAGUGAUGUGGUCUCGGCCCUCAAAAAUAAGCUGAAGAAGCAGUCCACGGCGACGGGGGACGGCGUGGCCCGGGCUUUCCUCAGGGCGCAGGCCGCCCUGUUCGGGUCCUACCGAGACGCGCUCAGAUACAAGCCCGGCGAGCCCAUCACUUUCUGUGAGGAGAGCUUCGUGAAGCACCGCUCCGGUCCCAUGAAACAGUUCUUGGAAACGGCAGUGAACCUCCAGCUCUUCAAGCAGUUCAUCGACGGCCGGCUGGCAAAGCUAAACUCAGGACGGGGUUUCUCCGAUGUCUUUGAAGAAGAGAUCACUUCCGGGGGCUUCUGUAGAGGGAGCCCGAGGCCCUACCAGCAGUGGGUGCGCACAGUCAAGAAAGGAGGUGCCCUGUUCAACUCAGCGAUGACCAAAGCAACUCCCGCUGUCCGGACAGCAUAUAAGUUUGCCAAGAGCCAGGCGAAGCAGGGCAUAAAGGAGGUGAAGAGCAAACUGAAGCACAAGGACAGCGAGGACGGCUGCGGGACCUGCUCGGGCUGCGCGCCGUACGCCCCCACGUACACCCUGCACAGCGAGGAGCGGGGCACCCCGGGGGGGCACAAGCUCACGCAGGCGCGCUCCAGGAGGUCUCGCAGGAGCCCCGACGGCCCCGGGCAGGAUGAGGACAGCGACGCGGACCGAGCCAGCAAGUUGUCCUCGGAGGACGGCGAGGACGCGCCGGCCGAUUUCUCUGACAGCGACGACUCUGCGGAGGCGACCGCCUGCUCGGGGGAGAUGGACCUGCUCGGGGAGAUCCUGGACACGCUGAGCACGCACAGCUCGGACCGUGGGACGCUGGCCGCCGCGCGGAGCCUGGACUUCUUCCGCUCCGCUGACGCCCUGGACAGUGCGGCCGUGAAUAAAUCCAACACCCCGAGCGAGAAUAACCUGGCCCUGCUGGACAGGGGGUCCGGGGACCAGGCCGAGUGGCACCUGGGGCAGGACGACAGCGCCCUCCACGGCAAGCACCUCCCUCCGUCGCCCCGGAAGCGCGUCUUCUCCUCCAGCGGUGGCUGCGGCGCCGCUGAGCCGCUGUCCAUCCUGACGGAGGAGGAGACCCGGGACACGCCUCUGCGCGCGGCCUCGGAGAGCAGGCGCCUGGGGGCGGGACAGGCGGCCCCCGGCCCCGAGCAGGGCUCCCCGCGGGCGGCCCCCAGCGCGCCCCCGCCUGGAAGAGGCCGGAGGGACUCGCGGCAAACACUAAGCCAGACCUCAGACGAUCUGCUCGCGCCCAGCCCCGGGCGACACCCAUCCCCGUCUGUUCCGUGGGAGAAAGAAGGGAAAGAAGCCAAAGAGACCUCAGAGGACGUCGGGCUGCUGCGCGAGGUCGUGUCGUUAUGUCACAUGACACCCACCUUCCAGCCGGACUUCGACACUUUGGAAGAAAACACAAGUGGAAACCGCGCUUAGGCCUCCGACGCGACGAGGAGCCCGUCUUGCAUCCACGCUUCCCGGGGGGCCCUUCGGGACCCUGCCGUCGGUGCGGUAAACGGUUAUGCGCAGGAAUGACAACUCUUGCUACUGUCGAGAAGUUAUUUUCCAUUUGGAGCGGACUCGUGGAUCUCGUGGGUAUACGUUGCCCAUCGAUUUGUAAGUGUGCAGCCAGGUCUUCUGUGCCCUUAAAUCAGGUACCGGUUGUACGUUGCAAGUAUCUAUGGAGCAUACGGUUUCCCAGCGUUGGUGCUUCACGCCGUCCACUCUGUGUGAACUAAGAGUGUCUGUAACUGGCCCUCGCGACCUGACCGGUUGCUCCAGACUAGCCUGGCAGAGCGUGAACGGAUCACGAUGUCAAAACUUAUCAGAACUCCCCGUGAAAAGCUGAAACCGUUGACCCACUAAUUGCCUUAAUCUUACGCCUCUACUAAGCAAACCUGAAUAAUUUACGGAAUUCCUUGCAAAUUCUCAAAGAUAAGUUGAAGUGUCCUGCAACACAGCAAUGCCUUUCCUAAGUCAUUGAAUCAAGGACAAAAUUGGGUUUUUUGCUCAGUUGAAAAGCGCUUGGUGUGGACACCGCAGCCAUGUUUUCCAGAAAGUACCCGGGUCCCGCGCCUUCGCUCAGUGACGUGCGUGGUGGCAGCGGGAGCUACAGGGGACCUGCACCGUCUUCCGCGGCCUCACCGGAGUCCCUGAUAAACUGUCCCAACUUAAAAAAAAAAAAGGAAGGAAACCAAAACCUGCUAAUCUUUUUUCCUCAAUGAGUAAUUAUCUACAUUGUUUGUAUCAUCUCUGAUUUAUUUUAAAAGGAAUUGGCUUUCCAUUUUAGAAGUUUCAGACGCACAGGCAGGCCGUGAAGACGGUGCAGAGAGUUCCCCUGUGUCCCUGCCCGCGCUGUCCCCGCUCCACCGUCUCCUGCUCGUGUGGUCCGUCCAUUCGUCACAAGUCACGAAUCAGUAUUGAUGGUCCACGCUGCGUUCACAUUUCCUCAGUUGCCCCCACGGCCCUUUUCCUGUCCUAGGAUCCCGUCCAGGAGACCACAGGUCCCUUGGGUGUCGUGUCU